AUGCAUUCAUGUGUAAAGGAGGACACCCCUUACAUGCAUAAUUAGCUGACAAUACAUAAAAAAGAUAUAAUACUGAGCAGGGUUCUCAGCUGGAAGAAAGACAACCUAGAGCCAGAGCGAAGGACGAAGCACGAAUGCUGAAACUUUAGAUUCUUUAAACUGCACUGGAAUCUUAACUUUAAUGUUGAAUAUGUCUUUUACACAGGAGACAUGGAGUUUGCAGCAGAUCCUCCUGGCAUUUUUGGUCUGUGUUAUUGCUGUUAAGUACAUAAAGAUGAGAUGGGCAGCAAGGAGCCUUCCUCCUGGGCCCACUCCACUACCACUCAUAGGGAACCUAUGGGCCCUGCAGUUCAAAUUGCAUCCAAAGACACUUCGAAAAAUAGCUGUAUCGUAUGGGGAUAUCUACACAUUAUGGUUGGGUCACACCCCACUUGUAGUGUUGAGCGGGUGCAGAUCUGUAAGGAAUGGCCUCAUCUCCCAUUCUGAGGAGCUUUCAGGACGCCCUGUUGAUGGCCUUAUGCAGGCUCUCACAAAUGAAAGAGGAAUUGGAUCUACUAAUGGCCACACCUGGAAACAGCAGAGGCGAUUUGGACUGAUGACUUUAAGGAACCUGGGACUUGGGAAACGUGGAUUGGAAUCCAGGAUCCAAGAAGAGGCUCAGUGUCUGGUGGAGUCCUUAGCUGCCAAGAAUGGAGAACCAGUUAACCCUUCGGAUCUCAUUGUCCAUGCUGUGGCAAAUGUAAUUUCUGCUGUGGUAUUUGGGCACCGUUUCUCUAUUGAAGAUCCCACAUUCCAGGAAAUGGUUAGAUGCAACGGCUGUAUAGUUACAAACUUGGGCACAGCUUGGGGAAGGAUCUAUGAUGCUUUUCCUUGGCUCAUGCGAUAUGUACCAGGUCCACAUCAAAGCUCCUUUGCUGCUAUGGCUUAUCUGACAACAUUUAUAAAGAAGGAAAUAAAGUUGCAUGAAUUGAACGGCCCAAACGAACAACCUCAAGAUCUAAUUGAAUACUACCUGGCACAGAUUGCAAAGACUAAACUUGAGCCUGACACCACAUUUGAUGAGGCCAACAUGAUUCAGAUGGUGAUUGAUCUGUUUAUAGCUGGCACCGAGACUACAGCCACAAGUCUUCAGUGGGCUUUGCUAUACAUGGUGGCGUUUCCUGAAAUACAAAAUUUUUUUUCUAAAGGCAAGUGGAUUGUCACUCUUACAGAGAAGGUGCAGGAAGAGUUGGAUACAGUUCUUGAUGGUUCUCAGCUGGCUUAUUAUGAAGACAAGAAAAGACUUCCGUUCACCAAUGCAGUCAUUCAUGAGGUUCAGCGUUAUGGGAACAUUGCAUCUGUGGGUAUGCUCAGAAGUUGUAUAAGGAAAGUUACCGUUAAUGGCUAUCAGUUAGAGAAGAAUACAAUGGUUUUGCCAAACUUGGACUCUGUACUGCAUGACCAACAUCAGUGGGAGACCCCUUACAAAUUCAACCCUAACCACUUUUUGGACAAGAACGGAAACUUUUGUACAAGUGAGGCAUUUCUGCCAUUCUCUGCAGGGCACAGGGUAUGUUUGGGAGAACAACUGGCCCGCUUUGAGCUGUUCAUAUUCUUCACCACUCUUCUCCACAGAUUCAACAUUGAGCUGCCAGAAGGAAUAACAGAAGUCAACACAAAAUAUGUUUUUAAGAUGACACUGCAGCCGCAUCCCUAUGAAAUUUGUGCUGUCCCCCGUUAAAUGCCAUUAUACAAUCUACCUGUGUUAUUCUUCUGUGAAAGAUGUUCGGGUUAUUCAAGAUGUCGUCUUGAAAAAUUAGCCUUAAUUCGUAUGGUUAAACCAGUCUACACAUCUGUGAUAUGUCUAGGCAAUCUUAGCAUCCCUGCUUCAUUUUCUAGUCCUGAAAGCAGCACAAAAAUAGAUCAUUUAAGAUACAGACGUAUAUAUUAUUCUGUUAAUCCAGAUUUAAGUGACUUGCAUGAAUAUACAUAUGUUAAGAGAGUGAUGGACUGUAUUCACAAAUGAACUACCCAUGUUUUAUAUCUUAUUAUAUGUACUUUUUUUGAACAUAACAAUUUAGGGAUCUAAAGGAUUCUGGGGUUUUCGGUUCAAGAUCCCUCUUUGGAAUCCAGCAUUUAAGGAACCCCUUAUAUCUUGUCACUCUGCUGUAAAUGUUCAUUAACCAUCAGUAUCAGACUAUCAUUCACCCCAUAUCUUAUCCAUUAAAACUAGGCAACCCCCUCCAACACUUUAGGUUUCCCUGGUGGGGUAGCCUCAUGGUUUAGGAACCUCUAAGUUAUGUCAACAACUGGUUUCUGAUAAGUAGCCACUGUAAUUAAAUAUUCUUAUGAAGGUAGGUAGCAUCUGAUCCAGAAUGCCUGAUGGGAUUGCUAACGUACAAGAGAAGGGACAACUAUGUGAAUAUAAAUAUAUCCUUCAUUUUUUCUUAAACUGAGUAUCUUGCAAUGCAAUAUAAUGGUGUAGUAGGAUUCUUAUCUCAAUGAUAUAAGAUUCUAAAAGCUAUUGGCUUUUAGGUUCAAGCUCCCUCUUUGCAGUCCAGCAUAUAAGGAACCCCUUAAAUCCUCACAUUCUGCUGUAAAUAUUCCAUGAUCACGAGCAGACUAGCCUCCCUCCAGAGCUGAUCCAUUUAAUGUGGCCUCGCCCUCUCUACACCUUUAGGUCCCCUGGUGGUGCAACCUCAAGGUUAAUACAUAGUAAUGUCAACAACUGGUUACUUAGUAGCAGGCAUUGUAAUAAAAUAAUAUGAAGGUAGGUGAAAUCUGAACUCUGAUGCCAGGGCAUGGGAUUGCUAUCAUACAAGAGAAGGGACAACUAACUGAAUGUAAAAUUUUCUUAAACUGAAUAUCUAGCAAAACAGUUUAAUUGUCAAAAAAGUUUUAUAUAUUGUAGCCUCUGGAUGCAUGUAUCCUUUAAUAAAGUAUUUUUAAACAACA